AUGGUGCCGGCAUUACUACUUGUUCCAAUUGGGCUCUUUUGGUAUGGCUGGAGUGCGGAAUAUAAGACUCAUUGGAUUAUUCCCGAUAUUGGGAUUGCAUUGCCACUCAUGGGAGCAACUAUUGUCUUCCAAUGUGUGAGCGCUUAUCUCCUGGACACAUUUCCGCUCUACGCCGCUAGUGCUAACGGCACCGUUUAUAUCCUUCGUGGCCUCACGGGGUUCGGUUUUCCUUUAUUCAGUUCAGAGAUGUAUGCCGCAUUGGGAUAUGGGUGGGGUAACAGUGUUUUGGCCUUCAUAGCUCUGUUCAUCGGUUGCCCGAUUCCCUUCAUUUUGUGGAAAUAUGGAGGAAAGCUUCGAGCAUCAAGUUCUUACGCGGAUGUUGAGACCUAA